AUGAGACACCUGUUGCUGCUCACCCUGUCGGCCCUGCUCUGCUGCUGCGUCUCAGCUGACAUUCGAUGUCACUCCUGCUACAAGGUCCCUGUGCUGGGCUGUGUGGAUCGCCAGUCCUGCCGCCUGGAGCCAGGCCACAAAUGCCUGACCACAAAUGUGUACCUUGGGAAGAUGUGGGUUUUCUCUAACCUGCGCUGUGGCACACCGGAGGAGCCUUGCCGGGAGGCCUUCAACCAGACCAACCACAAGCUAGGCCUGAACUACAACACCACCUGCUGCGAGAAGGACAACUGCAACAGCCCGGCGCCGAGGCCCACGCCUGCCCUGGCUCUCAUCUCCCUCACCUCCUUAGCUGGCCUUGGCCUCUGGCUGUUGCACUGAGACUCACCCCACGGCUGCCC